AUGUCUGGUCGAUAUAGAGGCGCUAGCUUGUCUCGAAAUGCUGAGUUGGCAAGCGUCAAGCUGGCUUCGCCAGUCAAAUCAAGGUAUCGCUACACAGAGUUCAAGUACCUUUAUUUCCAGAUCCAGAAGCUUAUCAAUAGAAAGGUGGUGCUCAGCCUUAAGUAUGAACAGUUGAAGACCCCCGAGAUCCGAAUUUCAUUGAUUAAGCCCUUGGUACAGACGAUUAUCGAUUUGAGUAAUGUUUCUGGUCUCCAUAACAAGUUCUCCAUGCAUUUCCCAAACCAUUACGAUCUCUCAUUUGAGACCCCGCAAUUUGCUCCAACUACGUACGGGAGCAUGAUCCAAGAGAAAUCAGAGCUGUCGAUAUCCACAAAUGUCAUCUAUGUCAUGUUACUAUUGCGUUACGAGUACAUGAUCCAAAGUGAGAACAACUUAAUCAUGUACGACUUGCUCACCACCAAAGCCAAUAUAUGUGAAUCCAUAGCCAUACGGAUGUUACGCGAGUAUCGAUCAAUGGAUCGAAUCAACUUGUUAUUGCUCAAUCCAAUGCGGCACCACUAUGAAGAAAAUGAGCUCUUGAAACAUACAAAGCAUUUGGACUGCUUCAAUACUCUUGAACUCUCUAUUCUUUCCAAGUCAAAGAAAUUCCUUUCGCAACCAGUGGUGGUGCAAAUUCUAGAUCGAAUUUAUAACGGUGAGCUCAUCAUUAAGGACCAUCAAAAUCCAACGGAUGCAAGCUGGAUCCAUCUAAUGACAUCCAGAAACGAAGAUGUCGAUUACGAAACUGGUCAAAGUAGCAAUAGCAGCACCCAAGAUUUGGGUGAAGAGAUAUCCGAUAACGAGAAGAGUGUGGUUAACUACAAAUUUAGCCGUGUGACAUUAAGCAAAGUCAUUAUCCGGUCACAUGUUGUACCCAAGUACCAGUCGUUGGUUAUCAACCUCAAAUAUGGUUUACUAACGGUUCUAUUCUUCAAUUUGGUGAUUAAACAUAAGAAUAAAACAGGAGAUAUGGAAGGAAAUUUCAUGGGAAAGAUCUUUUCUAUCUGUUUCUGGAUGCUAGCUCUCAGUUUCAACUUCGACAAUCUACUCAAGUUGAUGCAUAUUGAGUUUAAGUUUUUAAAGAAAAUUUUGUGGACAUUCUUUGAUCUUCUCAUAGUUAUCCUCAUUGAUAUUUCGUUCGGUAUGAGGCUCCUUCUUGGGUUCGAUAUGAUUUCACAUUCAACAUACUAUAGUGUGUUCAGUUUGAUUUCUAUUUUACUUUUCCCCCGAAUGCUCUCCGUGUUCAAUAACUAUGAGUUUUUCAACAUGUUGAUUGUUUCUUUCAAGAAGAUGUCAUUCAAUAUGAUAGCCAUGGUGUUCUUAUUUGCCUCCUUGAUUUUUGGAUUCUUCUUGUGCUUUAUCAGCUUGACUAUCGAUCUUUCAACAUCCGAAGUGGCUUUUACCAUGCUUCAAUUGUUUUUUGGGUUCACGCCUGCCGUAUGGGACCACUGGAAUAACUACAACGUUUUGGGUAGAGGAAUACAGAUCUCAUACUUAUUUCUCAUCCAGUUCAUUGUGGCCACCAUUCUCGCGAUUGUUUUGAGUAAUGUCUUCGUAAAGGUCAGUGAAACCAACAAAGAGGAGUUUGAGUACCUUAAGACCACAAAUUUGAUCAUCUACAUGAAAUGGGGCAAUCUCCACUGGUCGUCAGGCACGAGCAGAUUUGGAGUGAUUGCGGCAUUCAACUACAUUGUGAACAUCUUCAAGUUUCCGAUUAUUUUGGUGAUUUAUUUCUACGAGUUGCUUAUCAAGGACAACAAGCGACUCAUGCAGAAGCAACAGCGAGAUUUGAAGAACUUUACGUUUCUUUCACGAGAGGAUGACUAUUAUGGGGACCAGAAUCUCGUGCUGAUGAGCCAAAACAACGAUGAAGAUUCAGAUGUGAGUACGAUUUUGAUGAAAUCAAGAAGAGGAUCUCAGUUUGGCAACUUGCAAAUGCGCAGGGUGUCACCACUUGACAGUAAUGCACCAUUUGUCAGUGAACAUACAGAAAACAAGUUGAUCCCACAGAAAUCUACUCAGACGUUCAAUGCAUUUCGGAGUGGCCUGGUGGACUCAAUAUUUAUAGACGAGUACUUUGGACGAAAGUAUGGAGUGGGCAGAAAGCCCGAGAAGAAGAGGAAACGCAGUGUGAGCCAAGUGAAGCGAGCAAAGAGUCACAAUGUGGAGGUGAUGAAUAAAUUGGAUGAGCUUGAGAAUAUGGUGAGAAAGUUGAUGCAAGAGCCCGAGAAUGAUUUCACAGUGAAGGUUCUAGGGGAUAUUUACAAUGUUCCGGAGCAAAGUGCAGAUUUAGAUACCACGAGUAUUGAUUCUGAUUACUCUCGGAAUCUGAUGUAA